UGAUGGGGCUCUCAGUACAAAUAGUUGAGCCACUUCUGCUGCAAGCUGCAGAUCUACAGCCUCUUCUUGUCCUUUGCAACAAACAAAAGUUGUCUUUCUUUUAACCCUGCAUUCAUAAAUCAAAGUGAUUGGUACAAAGGUAUGUAUUAUUCUUGCAACAUAUGCCCUGACAUCUGUCAUGCAGAGCAUCCCUCCGGUUUCCAACCUGAUCUCUUGUCAGGUGUCCCUGCGACUUUACACAAAGACGGUGAGAAGAUUAAAAUGCUAAAUAAGCAAGCUUAUUACAGCGACAGUGAUGCUUGUUCAAGGUUGAUUUGUUCCAGCCUGCAGGAACUCAAUCCCUCUGAGGACAAUGGACAUACAUCCACAAAGGGGCAUAAAUCUCUUUCAUCUAGUUCUUGUGGCCACCCUGAGUGGAACUAUAACAGUGGCCAUCAAGCAAAGCGUGCCAGAGUGGAGAGCAUCAUCAAAGGCAUGACUGGCUCUCCUGGUAUGCAGUGCACAGAUGUGAUGAAAAAUCAAUACGAGGAGUCAGACAGCGUGGAGGACAAUGAAGGGAUUCAAGAAGUGCAUUUCCAUCAGGGUACAAGUGCUUCUGGUAAUAUGAGCCACUGCCAGAUGACAAGAAAACAGCUCCAGAGUCAGCUCAGAGAAGGGUUUGACAAUGUGGAUGCACAAAGUGACAGUUCAAACAGUAGUAAGGAAGAGAAAUAUCACACCUGGAAAGAUUGUCUUGAAAAUUCUCCAAGUGAUAAAUGUACAGAUUUAUUUAGUGAGUUCGAGAGCAGCUCAAGUAGAAAAUUACAAGGAUGGAAGAAGGUGAAGCUGAUGAACUACUUUCAAUCCAAACCUGAGAGAAUAAAGCUAAUGGCAGAUGUUUUAAAGUACGAACUUUCCAGAGCUGUCAGCAGGAGUGUUGAUUCUAUUUUCAAAAGCAAGCCGCUUCCUCAGCCACUGUCAGUCAGCGAGGGAAACACAGAGACGGAUCUCCCUCUUCAGUCAACAGUCUGCAAAGAAAGUAAACCAAGAUUAUCGUGUGGUGGGACCGCAGAAGUGCCAAGCUCAGAUGUUCAAACCGAAGCUCUGUCUCUGGUUGUGCAGAAGCCUCAACAUGACAGGAAUGACAAGUUCAUCCUCCAGUCCAGGUCAAGAGCCCACCUUAGUCCCAAACCACAAGUUCUCUUGUGUCAAGAGUCGACUCUGUGUGAAGACGCUGCUUGCCAACAUGCUCUCAACUGCUUACAAGAAGUGGACCCAGUGAAAUGUGCAACAUUUAAUGCACAUUGGAAUUCAACCAAAGUGAGGUCAAAGGUCAACUCUAGAUCUGCAAGACUAUACGCUCACGCGGAGUCAGUGGAUCCCCUGCUUUUAGAAAGUUUGUGUCUCCCUCGUGUCAAGAUUGAGUCUGACAGUCUGUUGAAGAAUAACCUCUACAUGCUGAAUGAAGGUCUCACUACAAGUCAUCUGAAGAAAGCAAAGCUCAUGUUCUUCUACACUCGCUACCCGAGCUCCAUGGUGCUGAAGAUGUGUUUCCAUGAUGUGCAGUUCACGCGCUGCAUCACCUCUCAGCUCAUCAAGUGGUUCAGUAACUUCAGAGAGUUCUUCUACAUCCAGAUGGAGAAGUUUGCCCGACAUGCUCUCAUCGAAGGAUCGACCGACAUCAGGAGUCUGACUGUGGGGAGAGAAUCAGAACUUUUUAGAGCUCUGAACAUGCACUACAACAAAGCCAAUGACUUCCAGGUUCCGGACAGAUUUCUUGAAGUCGCAGAGAUUACAUUACGUGAAUUUUUCAUCGCCAUUUCACUGGGAAAAGAUCACGAUCCAUCGUGGAAGAAAGCAAUCUACAAGGUGAUCUGUAAACUGGACAGUGACGUACCAGCUGAGUUCAAACACCAUUUCUCUGUAUGAGAAGAAGAAGACUUGAUGUGCCACAGUGGUUACUGUCACAAGGUGGACUUACUCAUGCAUAGUGUAGCAAAGUACUGUGUUUUUAAUGGAAGCAUAACACAGGGUGCAGGAGGGAAGUGUAGUGCACAUUUCAAACACAUGCCAGAGUCAAGGCUGAGUAUAUUAAAGGCAUUAUUAUUGUUGUUGCACAAUAGGGUAGUUUGACAUGUAUUUUGCUAGAUCAGCCAUAUUAUAUAGCAAAAAUACAUAUUUUCAUUGUUGUGAUUUUAAAGUCAAGAUGAGAUUC